CUAAGUUAAAUACUUUCUUUGGCGAGUUUCUUCAUAUCACAGUGUGAGCAAACUAGCAGAAUGGGGAAAAUGAAAUCAAGUCUUGCUUUAUGUCUUUGGAUAUGCUUCACCGUUUAUGUUUCUACAUCAAAUGGAUGCUCUGAGAUCCCGGUGGUAGAGAAUGCAGAAGUUGCUGAAAGCGCCAGAAAAACCCAGUACUCUCAGGGUGAUACACUUGAAUACAAUUGCAGACCUGGCUAUGCCUCUCUGAUAAAAAUCAUCUACAAGUGCAACAAUGAUACAUGGGGAAAAUGGCGUGGUGAAAAAUGUUCACUCAAACGCUGCGAAUCACCUCAAGAUCUUCCAAAUGGUCGUUACAUUGUUAAAAGUGGCAGGGGUUUUGUUUUUGGAACGGUCAUCCAGUAUAUCUGCAAUGAAGGCUACCAGAUGAUGAGUCGAUUUGACACCAGAACAUGUCGGGAUGGUGGAUGGGACAAUCAAUUACCUGCAUGUGAUGAGAUAAGUUGUGAACGAAAAGAGGCAGAGGGAAACCUUAGAGUGGAGGGACUCCCAGACAACCCUGAGGACUUGAUCCGAUACGGACACAGGUUGACAUUUUCAUGUGAGGGUUUAGGACUGAGUUUACAUGGAAAGAAAGUGAUCACCUGUCAGUUAAAUGGAGAAUGGAGCGACCCAUUUCCUAAAUGUGUCGCUAAAGAUGUUAUUUGUAAGGAGGAACCACUCAUCAAUGUUGCCAUUUUAAUUGGACAUCCAGUUAUUGCUCCACCUUAUAACCCUGGACACGUGUUAGUUUUUGAUUGCACUGAUGAGAAAAUGGAGAUGCAAGGACAUCGAGCAAUUGAGUGUUUGUCCAGUGGAAAAUGGGAUCACCCGUAUCCAAAAUGUAAAGAAACUCCCUGUAAGGAUGAAAAAAACGAUCGAUGUUGAAAUUUUAACUCAACAUCCACGUAUUGCUUCACAAUAUAAACCUGGACAUGUUUUAGUUUUCCAAUGCACUGAUGAGAACAAGAAGAUUCAAGGACAACGAGCAAUUAAAUGCCUGUCAAAUGGAGAAUGGGAUCACCCAUACCCACAAUGUGAAGAGAUUAGAUGUGAAAUUCCACAUAACCAGAAUGUGUUCAAACCAUCUGAUAACUUCUUCGGAGAUAUGAAACUGGGAUCGAAACAAAUUUACUCUUGCGAGGCUGGGUAUGAGAAAAUGGCAGAAGAGGCCACAUGUACACGAGACGGAUGGACACCAAAACCACUGUGUGCAAGUACGUUCUUCUUUUAAAUUUCAUUUGAAAAUGAAUUAAAAAAAUUAUACUUACAGUUACACUUCCCUACAAAUGUAUUGGGACAGCGUGGCCAAUCCAUUUAUUUUUCUGUCUGUAGACUAAAAACAGAUAUUUACGUGCUAGAUUUUUAUUCUGGGUAUCUACAUCUGAAUCUGACACACAACUUAAAAGACCUUUUGUUUGAGCCCACCCAUUUUUCAUGUGAGCAAAAGUAUUGGAACAUGUGACUGACAUGUGUAUUUUGUUACCCAGAUGUGUCCUAUAAUUAUUCAAACAAUAAUUAGCAAUGAAUGUCUACACUCAAGCUGUGUCCAAAAUGGCAUUCUACUUGAGUAGGUUUUUCGAAUAUGACGUCUCUUCU